AUUUGACAUUUUUAUCCGAUAUUGGACUGCCGCUACAAAUUGGAGUGUGGAAAAUGGACUCGCCGGACGGUGGAACGCGUGGGCACAUCCUGGCCAUGGUGGUGCGGGUGUGCGCGGUGACCGCGAUUACCUACUACAGUGCCAAGUGGAUGCUGAGUGCCCUGGAUCCCAAUAGCAAGAUGCGCAAGAAGGCCAAGCAGGUGGCGGAGCAGCAGUUGCGGAAGCUGAACUCCUCGGCGGCCCAGAAGUUCCGCACCCGGGACUUCAACGAGCACGAGGUGGUGAUCGCCUCGCAUCUGGUGACCCCGGAGGACAUCGAUGUCAGUUGGGCGGACAUAGCUGGAUUGGAUGGGGUUAUCCAGGAACUCAGGGAGACAGUGGUGCUCCCAGUUCGCCAUCGUGAACUCUUCCGACGAUCUCAACUCUGGCGGGCUCCCAAGGGAGUCCUUCUCCAUGGACCUCCAGGAUGUGGCAAGACCCUCAUAGCCAAGGCCAUUGCCAAGGAUGCCGGGAUGCGGUUCAUUAACCUGGAUGUGGCCGUGCUCACAGACAAGUGGUAUGGCGAAAGCCAGAAGCUGGCCACUGCCGUCUUCACCCUGGCCCAGAAGAUCCAACCCUGCAUCAUUUUCAUUGACGAAAUCGAAUCCUUUUUGAGGAUGCGCGGCAGUGGCGAUCACGAGGCCACCGCCAUGAUGAAGACCCAGUUCAUGCUGCAGUGGGAUGGCCUGAUGAGCAGUGCCAAUGUUUGUGUCCUCGUCCUCGGAGCCACCAAUAGGCCACAGGAUCUGGACAAGGCCAUCCUCCGCCGAAUGCCAGCUCAAUUUCACAUCGGAGUGCCGCAUGACAGUCAGCGACAGGCCAUCCUUCAGCUGAUCCUGCAGAGCGAGCAGUUGAAUCCCUCGGUUAACCUCAAGGAACUGGCCCGCUUGACCCCGGGAUUUUCGGGAUCCGAUCUGCGGGAGUUGUGUCGCCACGCCUCCAUGUACCGCAUGCGUCUUUUUAUGCGCGAAAAUCUAAAUAUGGGCGAGGGAGCCAGCGAGGGGGAGUUCCAGUGGGAUUUCGCGUCCAAGGAUCAGAGCCUACAGGACUCCCAGCAACUGGAGAUCCACAUGGAUGACCUGCUCAAGUCGCUGACCGUCAUGAAGGUGUCCAAGUUUCAAGCGCACAACGCCUUCGUCGAAAAGGAUCUGGAGUUGGACUGAGGUCCUUGAUGGAAAUUUUAAAUCGUUGAUGAAAGGGGGCCAUAAUAUCGUUCUGAGUACCGAAAAUAAUAGCUGUUCAUGCUUUAUCAACCAAACAGGAAACAAAUUAGCAGUUUUAUCUUGUUUUUACUAAGAUAAUUUCGUAAUCAGAUGAUUAAAGUGUUUUGUGGUAUAUUCGAAAAUAA